AUGCUCCAGAUGAAUUCAACGUAUAAUAUAUUAUGUAACGCAUCACUAGAUGGCGCAACUUUUGUCGAUCCUGCUCCACCUAUUCCUCCGCCGUACCUUCAAGGAACUGCUGCUAUCGUCUACACUCUACUAAGUCUUCUGACUUUUGGCGGCAACGCUCUCGUUUGUCUGGUGGUAUUCCAUUUCAUGGGCAUGACAACAGUAACGAACUUGUUUAUAGCUAAUCUUGCAGUUACAGAUCUCUUUGUUGGUUUGCUCUGUAUCCCGAUCGUUCUCAUUUCCGAUUAUCUCUUAUCCGACUGGCCGUUCGGAUUAUUUAUGUGUAAAUUUACGUCUGUUGCACAAUCAGUUUUCGUCGUUUGUACUGUAUAUACACUGAUCGCCAUGUCAGUUGAUCGUUACAUAGCUAUAGUUUAUCCACUAAAACAGAAAUUAACGCGUAGACAAUGUCGAAUAUUGAUCGCUAUGCUAUGGGUAUUCUCAAUUCUGUUUAGUUCGCCGAUAUUUUUCGAGAUGCAUAUUAGUUACGUAUGUUAUCAUCGCGAUGACAAUCGUUUUAAAGUAGAUACUCAAACUGUUUGUCAAACGAAUGGUUUGAAUCCAUCAAUUCAAACCGUUUACAAUGUUGCAACGUUAACGGUAAUUUAUUUGAUACCUUUAUUUGUUUUGACAAUAAUUUACAUAAGUCUUGGCUGGCAGCUGAAGCGAAGUCAAUUACCCGGUGAAGCACACGUUGAACGUGAUGCUCGAGUGAAGAAAUCCAAGCAGAAAGUCACGAAAAUGUGUUUCAUCGUUGUGAUUAUGUUCGGCGUAUGUUGGUUUCCCAUGCAAUUAUACAUAAAUAUUCUACGUCCGUAUCUCGAUCAAAUAUUUGACCAGAAAUAUGUUCCACACUUUUACUUCGCUUUUCAUCUGAUGGCUAUGAGUAACUCCUGUGUCAAUCCGUUCAUCUACGGCGUCAUGUCAUCAAAAUUUCGUGCUGGAUAUUUGCAUUACUGGCGAUGUUGCACUACUUGCUGUGGUUUAGUUAACGAUCGCCUACGAAAGAAGCAGAGUAUGAAACAAAGCAUACAUUCAAACGCAUCACUUCGACACGAAAAAAAUGCGAUGUAUGAAUUGAGUGUGACAGUUAAUGAACAUACAUAUGGUGAUCCUAUUAGCUCAGUGUCCGUCCCACAAAUGGUUCCGUUAAUAACAUCUCACAAUGUAGUGCCUACAUACAUUUAG